AUGCAUAGACACGGAUACAAAGGUCGGAAGUUUGGUCGCGAACGUGACCAGCGUCGUGCUUUGCUGAAGGGUUUGGCAACAAGUCUUGUUGAACAUGGCAAGAUUGAAACGACGCUUCCAAAAGCGAAAGAGCUUUCGCGCUAUAUAGAAAAACUGAUUACAAAGGCGAAAAAAGGUGAUUUAGCCAACCGUCGCGCUGUGAUCGCAGGCUUAAGCACGCAAGCAGCCGCAUUUAAGCUUGUAGACGAGAUUGCACCUCAGCUAAAAGGACGCAACUCUGGUCACGUGCGAGUAAAGCGAACACGCAUUCGCGUUGGUGACGCUGCUCAGCUUGCAACUAUUUCAUUUGUUGACGAACUAAAAGCACAGCCAAAGCAAGAAGCUGGACCUGUAAAGAAAACGACAGCGAAGAAGGAGGCUAAGUAA